AUGUCGGACCUCUGCCAAAAAUUCGAGAGGGAUGGUUUCGUGGUGAUUGAGAAUGUGUUCAACGAUGAGGAAAUUGAGGAAAUGAAGGGAGCAAUCGGCAAAAUUGUGGAUGAUAUGAAUUUGGUGGAGUACCCGAAGAGUGUGUUUUCAACGUAUGAUGAGGAUAAGCACGCCGCCGACUCCUACUUCCUCAACAGUUCCGACAAAACCUUUUUUGAGGAAGGCGCCGUUGACAAAAAUGGAGAGCUUACGGUCCCAAAAAACAAGGCUCUCAAUAAAAUUGGACGCGGUCUCCAUUUCCUUCACCCAGCUUUCAAAAAUUAA